AUGAAAAAGAACCAGACGGUGCAGGGCACCUUCAGCAAACUCUUCGGCAAGAAGCACGCCAACCCUCCCAGCACCUCCCUCUACGCCACCAACCCCCCCUGGAUUUUCACCCAGGAGACCCCGGAGGAGGGGAGCCGGGACUUCGGUGGCAUCUAUUAUGGAGACAAUCGGUUUGACUCUGUGAGUGAGUCAGGAACAGCCACGCUGAAAGCUCGGCCAAGAGUCCGGCCCCUACUGACCUUCCUUCCGCUGAAUGCCCAGGAGAACCAUGGACUGGCUGUGCCCACCCCCUCUGUGCCAGGAGACUUUGCGAACAAAGAAGUGACAGGUACCAGCUCACUAGUCAACGGCAGCCUCCGACUGUACAGCUCUGUGGGUGACCUGAGGCCUGGGCACUAUGGGCAGGACCCACUCAUCCCCCCACCGCCCCCAGGCCCGGCCCCAGGGCCACCCCUGGACACUUCACAACCUCGAGAGGAGUCCCCACCGCCUCCACCUUCCAUGGCGCCCCCACCGCCUCCCCUGCUGCUGGAACCCCCACCCCCACCCAGCACGGCCCCACCUCCACCCCCAGUACUGGGGGCCCCAGCCCCUGUCUCCACCCUUUCCUCCCCAUCGACGCCCACCCCUCCUGACUUCAUUCCUCCUGCCCCACGCUUGGCCUCUCUAGCCCCACCCCCACCCCCUCUGCCAGCCCCAGCACCCCCAGCAUUUCCUCAUACAACAGGGACUCGCCUCUGUCCCCCUGGGGGUGUCACCAAGUGGAAAUCGGAGGUAGCACUGAAUGGCAGGCAGCCAGAGGCCCCCAGAACCAGCCCCCCCCAGAGCCCAGCUGAGCCAAAGGGGAGUCUUCUGGGCCCUAAGCCAGACCCCCACCUCACUUUCCCACGCUCAUUCAAGGUGCCUCCCCCAACCCCAGUCAGGACUUCAUCCAUCCCAGCUCAGGAAGCACAGGGGACUCCUCUAGAGGAAGAAGGGGCCACCAAGAAAGCCCCCAAUCGACUCCCACUGCCUCCCAGCUUCCACAUCCGCCCGGCGUCCCAGGUCUACCCGGACAGGGCCCCUGAGCCAGACCACCCAGGGGAGCUCAGGGCUGCAGCACCAGCCAGCCCCACACUGGGCCAGUCCCAGGCCUGGACUAAGGAGCAUGCUGAGAGGAGCACGCCACCGCCAGCCACUCCCCUGGCCCCUCCCGCACCCCCACAACCCCCCCCAGCACCGCCCCUCCCCCCAGCUGCCCCUCCUUUACCUUCUGCUGAGAAAGUAGCUCCUCCACCUUCGGGGUUUGCAAAAGGCCGCAAAUCCAGCUCCCCUGCCCCCAAACCCAAACCGACCCCCCCUAGCCCAGAGGACCCAGCCUCUUCAGAACCUAUGGACUGGAGGGAUCCCAGCCAGAUGGAAAAGCUGCGGAGUGAGCUGGCAGCCUAUCUCUGUGGCUCCAGGAGGGACGACAGAGUCCUCAGUCACAGGGCAGGCUCAGCGGUGGCCUCUGAGGAAAAGGAGGGCAAGAAGGGCCCCAGCCUGCCAGAGAAAGAGGCUCCCCCAAGCUUGCCAGAGCAGGAGACCCUUCCAAGCGUUCCUGAGAAGAGUCCCUGCAGCCUGCCCGACAAGGGGACUGCCACCAGCCUGACCCUCCCUCCUGUGGACUACAUCCCCCAAGACGCCCCAACUCCCAGUGUCCGGCAGAUCCGCAGUGAGCUGGAGGCCCGGUUCUCCUCAUCAGCAGAGAAGGAAGCCAAGCCCAGCGUAGGGUCUCUGCCUCUCAAACCUCGGCUAGAAGGGGGAAGAAUCUUUGAAAACAGGGGGGAUAAUGGCAACUUCUCUAAGCCUGUGGCCAAGAAUCUGCCCCCUCUAUCCACCACCCCUCUGCCAACCACACCACUUCAGUCCAAGGCCGUGCCUGGGCCAGCCACACCACCCAAGGCCACUCCUGGGCCAGCCCUACCACCCAAGGCCACUCCUGGGCCAGCCCUACCACCCAAGCCUGCGCCUGCUACUGGGCCAGCCACACCACCUAAUGCUGUGCCCGGGCCCGCCAUACCAUCUGCAGCCAUAACUGCGCCCACCACAUCAUCCCAGCUGAUAGAGAAGAACCCAGUCCCAGCUGGGCAGUGGGAGAAGCCCAAACCUCAAGAACUUACAGUGCCCCGCCAGGUAGAGGCAGAAGGGCGCCCCACAGAGCCCAGUAAGCCGCCUACCCCGGGAGCCGUCUCAGCUCCAGCCCUCCCACCAAAGAGAUCUCCUGGCGGAGAAGAGGUGACAUUUCUCUACAAGCUCUGUCGCAGCCAGAAAAGCCCCAGCCAAGAGGUUGCUGCUGGGACGGCACCGCGGGCCACAGGUUCAGCCGUAGGGUCAGGGGAACCUGCGGAGGUGAAGGAGCCCCAGGGGCAGCUGGCCAAGCCCCCCACCUCAGCCCAGCCUGCCGAUGAACUCCUCAGGCAUCCGGUGACUGGGGAGGUGGUGCAGCCAGGCUCCCCGAUGGCCCUGCUCCUUGCAGCCAGGCAGAGGGCCCAGAAGGGGAGGCCAGGAGGGCUGGCCCUGGGCCGGUCCUCCCUGCCAGGGGCCCUCCGUGGCCCCAGCAGCCAGCCCCAAGCAGGCUCUGACAGCAUCUUCCACAACGAGGGCCGCCCCAACUCCUUCACUGUGGUCCCCAAGUUACCCAAGGAGGCCGAGAAGGACGCCCAGCUGGCCUCGUCGGCACAGCCCACCGUACCCAGUCAGUGGAAGCCCCAGCCUCGCGGAGACCCGGAGGGCACGGAGCCAAGCCUCAGGCACAACGGGACAAAGGCGGAGCCCCAGGUCCCUCCGGCCUGGGAAGGGCCGGCAUCCUCCAACCUCCCCCGGGGCCGCCCGUUGCCCAAAUCCUUCUCGUCCCCUCCUUCUCCUUCCUGCAAGAGGGACGACGACGAUGACGAGAAGGGGGAGUUCCACUUUGAGCUCAUCCCGCCGCCGCCAGAGUUCAGCAACGACCCUGAGCCCCCCGCCCCGACCCUCCAAUAUCUGGGGCGCCGGGGAUCCCCUCCCCGGAACAACUUCCCAGACUUGGGACAGCCCUCGGCGCCUCGCGGCUUCUCGCGCUUUCCGGCCGGCGCGCUCCACGCGGGGGCCGGGGGCCUGGAGCGCUUCUCGGGCGGGGGCCGCUCCCUCAUCAAGAAGCGCCUGUACGUCGGGGAGCCCCACCGCAGCCCCGGGCAGCCCCGCGGCGGCACCGGCCGCAGCCUGAGCUCCCCCAACUGCUUCGGGCCGCCGCCCGGAGGCCCGGAAAUGCGGCACGUCAACUCGGCGGGCCGCGCGCUCCCCGGAGGCCUGCACGCGUGGAGGCUGUCCAUGGAGGGCGCCGCCCGUGGGGAGGCCAAGUUCAAGGCGCCCGGCGGCGACUAUGGCUUCGCCCCCACGGCCGGCAGGUCUCCCCACAGCACCCCCCACUAUGGAAGCCCCAUCAACACAUUCACCGUGAGGCCUGGGACCCGCCAUCCCAUCUCCUAUGCCUACUCGGGGAACCACCGGAAAGCCCCGUCCUGA